UGUGCAUCUCUUUCAAGAUGGACGCUACAUCUCAGCAGCAAAAAUCUGCUGGAAAAAAUGGCGAAAUCGUCCGGGGACAGGUUUUCGAAGUUGGUCCGAGGUACACACAACUGUCCUACAUCGGUGAAGGAGCGUAUGGCAUGGUCGUAUCGGCACAGGACAGUGAGACACAUACAAAGGUAGCCAUAAAGAAAAUAUCACCAUUUGAACAUCAGACAUACUGCCAGAGAACUUUACGAGAAAUCAAAAUUCUGACACGUUUUAAACAUGAAAAUAUUAUUGACAUUCGAGAUAUAUUACGCCAUUCCUCCAUAGAUGAAAUGAAAGAUGUUUAUAUUGUUCAGUGUCUGAUGGAAACGGACAUGUACAAGCUUCUGAAGACGCAACAGCUCAGCAAUGACCACGUGUGUUACUUUCUCUACCAGAUUCUCCGUGGACUUAAAUACAUUCAUUCAGCAAAUGUUCUCCAUCGAGACUUGAAACCCAGUAAUCUCCUAUUGAACACUACCUGCGAUCUCAAGAUCUGUGAUUUUGGCCUGGCACGAGUCGCUGAUCCUGAUCAUGACCACACCGGUUUUCUCACGGAAUACGUCGCAACGAGAUGGUACAGGGCGCCAGAGAUAAUGCUCAACUCAAAGGGUUACACCAAAUCGAUUGACGUGUGGUCAGUGGGCUGUAUACUAGCUGAGAUGCUGGCCAAUCGCCCGCUGUUUCCUGGAAAACACUAUCUCGAUCAGUUAAAUCACAUUUUGGGUGUUUUGGGUUCGCCCAGCUCGGAAGAUCUUGGCUGUAUUAUUAAUGACAAGGCUCGUGGCUACAUUGUGUCACUACCUUUCAAGCCUAAGGUUCCAUGGACUCGUCUAUUUCCCAAUGCGGACCCCAAAGCACUGGAUCUUCUGGACAAGAUGCUGACAUUUAACCCUCACAAGAGAAUUAAUGUGGAAGAAUCGUUAGCUCAUCCAUACCUUGAACAGUACUACGAACCUGCUGAUGAGCCUGUUGCUGAAGAGCCAUUCACCUUUGAGAUGGAGCUGGAUGACCUUCCCAAAGAAAGACUCAAAGAACUGAUUUACCAGGAGACACUCAACAUGGAGAAGAAGCCAAAAGAAGCAGGUCACUAAGAAUCCAAUCCUCAACUUGUUACCUUGGCGAUGAAGCCAGACACCCAUGCCAAAGCUGUCGCCAUGAUAGUGACUCAUUGUUGUGACCGACCAACUCUUGGAUGAUCUGAUGUCCCCAUUCUCAUUGGAGUAAUGCUGUUAAUUGUGACAAAGCCUCCAUUUGAGUUUAAAUCUUUGUUUUGAUUGUUGAAAAAAAAAAGUGAAAAUGGUAAAGAAGAGAUAAUUUUUGCAGGAUUGAGCGAGUUUAAUCGUAUUGGUAAACUGAAUUUAGUUAUUUAUAUACCUGUCAGAUUGAUUACAAUGAAAUUGCUUUGUGAUAAAAUGUCAACAAAGCUAAUUAUGAAUAACUUGAAUUAUGGUAUUUAUAAAUAAACUAAAACUGGCAGACGAGAAAACAAAUCUUGUUCCUGGACUUUAUUAAAUGAUUUGCUACUCAUGUUAACCCUUUUGGCUUUGAGGUUCAACCUUAGAGACUUAAUGAUGUAUAGGUGACUGGUGAUAUAGCUAAUAGGAACUAGUUACAGAAAUCAGUGUCUGGACACCGACGAGACAAAAUAUUGUAACCUUUUGUGUAGAAAUUACUGUUAGAUUUUUCUUUUAUAGUGGACAGUUGUUGGGAGUGCACUAUAGGUACUCCGUUGUUUAAAAGGUGUCUAUCGAAGCAUUAUUUUUCUGGUGUAGGUAAUUAUGAAACUCUCAUCAAUUGACCUAUUUAAGUGGAACUCCAACGGUUACCUUGACCAUACCACUAACGCCAGCAGUUGCCACCUGCAUGGCCAGUUUGUGCUGCUAUGUCUACUUUAUAACUGUGAUAGAUUUUUCAAAAAACAUAAACCAUUCUCACAACACGACUUGAGACAGUUUGUAGUGUACGUAAAUAUUGCAUAAAAUUUUCACAUAACAUUGAAUUGUUAUUUAACAAAGUUUUCUCUUUGUAAAAUGUUGACCAAAAUUCAUUGUGGUUUUGGAUCAACAUGGACACCAAAUUACGUUAGUACAAAAAUAUUAAAAUAAGAACCAAUAAGAGUUACAAUCACUCUUUCCAAAAAAACAAAAAAAAACAUUAUUCUAAAAGUGCCUGUGUUCACAACGUAUAAUGUUACAUUAUAAUGUGAAUGAUGUGAAAAUGUUGAACAACAUUAUGCUUUACCUCAAAUAAAGGGCUGAGACUGUGCAUGUGACAUCACUACAUAACGGAAUAUACAUCAGUUUGACUUGUUGACAGCCUCUUAAUUGACCUCGUCAUUUUAACUUUCUGGCAUGCAGCUAAAGUUGGUGAUUGAAGCAUUCUCAUAAUAAAACCUUGUAUUCUACAAAUUGUCACUACUAGUCGCACUAUGAGAAUACUUCACUGCUAUAGACAGACGAUAUUGUGAGGUAUGUUUGCCAUGGAAGUAAAAAAUAAUUAUGUACUUAAUCUAGAAGAUGUAUUCAUGUAAGUCUGUAUGUUGAUUUAGUCUACCAUGUAUAUCUUCCAGUGUUUUGUUCCCAAAGAAUAAAAUUGUCUUGCAGGCACAUUUUAGUACAUGUUGAAAUAAUUUCAAUAAGCUCUUAUUCUAGGAAUUGUUGAAAUUAAAUUUAUGAAAUAGGAGUAACACUGAGUACGGUAAGCCAAAAAUGUUUGCUUUCAAUAAUGUAAAGAAAAAGUAAGUGGAUAUUCGACUAUACAUGUUUUAUGAGGGCUAUAUUGCACACCAAAGUAAGUGGAUAUUCGACUAUACAUGUUUUAUGAGGGCUAUAUUGCACACCAAAGCAAUGGUAUAAAUAAAAUGUUGACUAGGACUUCCUAUAAUUUAUAUUGGUAACAACAAAUACUUGUGAGAUAACAUGUUUUUGAUCUAAGUAAAACAAUAUGAUGCAUGCACUUCUAUAAUGGCAAGUGUUUGGUUCCUGUAUAUUUUAUUUUGUUUUCAUACGAGUUUCAGAUUUUGUUUUACACUGUGUGUGUUUUAAAACACCCAACUCCAAUCCUAAUUGUGAGUAAUCAAUUGGACGGAUCAUGCCAUGGCUUUAUUUUCAGACUGGUGCAUUAUUUAACUAUUUUGUUUCAAACUGUUAGUUAUUUUGUUAAAUUUAUUUUCACCUUUGUAAUUAUUAAGCAGAGACAGAAAUGUCUCUGUUGUGUGGAACAUUAGCGCUGCUAGAGUGAAAUGGUCUGUCUACACAAUUUAGAUGGUUAUCUCUGCCCCACCAAUGUGUCACAAAACUACUUUGAUCUAUAGGAACAUUCAAACAGUCCCAGUACACAACAUCAGUUAAUUUUCAGUUAAACAUUUAACUUUAAUGUAACAGUCACAGUACACAACAUCAGUUAAUUUUCAAUUAAACAUUUGGCUAACUUUAAUGUAACAGUCACAGUACAUAACAUCAGUUAAUUUUCAGUUAAACAUUUGGCUAACUUUAAUGUAACAGUCGCAGUACACAACAUCAGUUAAUUUUCAAUUAAACAUUUGCCUAACUUUAAUGUAACAGUCACAGUACACAACAUCAGUUAAUUUUCAAUUAAACAUUUGGCUAACUUUAAUGUAACAGUCACAGUACAUAACAUCAGUUAAUUUUCAGUUAAACAUUUGGCUAACUUUAAUGUAACAGUCGCAGUACACAACAUCAGUUAAUUUUCAAUUAAACAUUUGCCUAACUUUAAUGUAACAGUCACAGUACACAACAUCAGUUAAUUUUCAAUUAAACAUUUGGCUAACUGUCAAUAUGUAGGUGAUUUCAAGAAAUGCUAUGCACAUACUUGAAUUCUACUUUUGUGCUGAUGAAUUUUGAUUAAUGAUAGAAAAGUAAAUGCUUUAAACUAUACUGAAGAAUACCGUAACUUCAUUGUUUGGAAAAGUGGUGGAUGGGUGGCUGGGGGUUACAUUUUAUUAACUGAUUUCGUGCUUAUAUCCAAUUAAGGUUCAAGGAUGCUAUGUGGGCUGUCUGUUGAGGACAGUGGGUUAGUUGUUAGUUGGUUAGUGGUUAGUGAGAUAGAAGAGAGUGUAGUGGCCUUACACCUACCCACUGAGCCCUUGAGAAUUCGCUCUGGGUGGGAGCUGGUAUGGAGCUCCGAAUCCUAUACCUACCAGCCUGUAGUCCGAUGGCUUAACCACAACGCCACAUAGGCCGGUUGGGGGUUAAAACGGUGUUCUUGGUGAUGAUUUCAAUCUCUUAUUAUCUAAUCUUCAACAAAUUGUUAUUUUUUACCUAGACCAAUUGAUUUGUUUCAACUUCAUUGAUAAGGUACAUUAAACAGAUGACUUGAUAAGUUGUGUACGUAGAAAAAUUUUAUAGAAGUAUUAUAGCAGAUUUCCCUAUAAAAGGAAAGAUUGUCAUAUAGGCAUAGAUAAAAGUGAUAAGUUGUAUUAGAAACUUUUAUAUAAUUAUAUAUAUAUAUACACACACAUUUUAUUGUUGAAGGAUUUCUAUUUUGUUAUUGUUUUUUGUAUUUAACUGAAAAAUAACAAAUUUAUAUACAUUAUAAAUUUGUUGUUUUGUCUGUUGGCCAUCAGUUUUUCUUUUCCCUACCGUUACAAUUUCAUUUGACAUCAGUUCAUGUAUUACACCAUGUAAUUAUAUUGUGAAAAUGUAACUAUCAUUUUAAUCUUGUGGGUUCAGAUUAACUUUUAAUAUGAAAUGUUCGGUUGUUAAGACACUGGCGAGAUAUUUUUUUGUUGGCACUGUUGUGGGAACAGGUUGUAAAAUGUAAAAGGUAUUCCGUCUCAACACAUCCAUUUUAGGUAUUUCAGUUUAAAUUACUCAAAAUUAGUAUAAAAAUAUACAAGACAAAUCUUAAUUCGUUCACAUUUUCUUAAAUUAUCAGCCACUGGAUCUAAAUAUUUUAUUUUCCAAACAUUUUUAUGUUGUAAUAUAAUAAGUGGAAAGUUUUUGUUAACAUAAAAGAAAAAGAAAAAAGAAACUACUAAUAUGUAACUUAUUUUAUGAUCGUUAAUAGAACAAAUUUGGAACUUGCCUUUCUCUUAUUCAAUAAAAAAAAUUCAUUUAAGAAAUAUUUCCUUAUCUUUCAGACUGAACAAAAUUGGUAAAUAUACUUUGUAAGUAAUAUUAUUGUUUAUAAGGGAUGUAACUAGAAUUGACAACUUUGCCCGGUUUGUCAAACUGAACCAGUUUGUACCGACAUUGGACCCGUUUGUCAGUGCUCAGUUUCUUUAACAAAGGUCUGAGAAUUAUUGAUAAAAUAAAUAAAUGUGUCCUUAAGAAUUCACAAAGAACACACCCAUUUCUUUUGUAUUUGUUUCCAUCCAUAUUUUCCCCAGUGUGUUAAAAAAAAGAAAAUCAUUUAAUUAUGUAUUAAAUUAUAUCUGGACUCUUUUCUUUCACCUGUCUCCAAGAAAACGAAUUUGAAAGUUAUUUUUCUUAUUCCAAUCUAUUUUAGAUUGUUUUCAAUCAUGAAGUGCAUUUAUUUUUGAAGAAUUGUUUGAUACUGUGUAUUGUUCACUUGUAGAUUGUGUAUAUUCCUGUAGAACUGCUUUGAGCUUCAUCUGUAUUAAAUCAUUCCAAUUGUUUAAAAAGCACAAAUGUGCAAAGUAUUGUUUGAAUACCGUAUUGUUCCUAUUUGUAGCGCGCCCCCUAUGAUCACUAGAAAUGUAUCAUGAAACGGUACCCGUAAAAUAGUAAAACUGGCUUACCUGACUGCCGACUUGCAAUGAUUAUAAUCGGUAAACAAAUAAAAUCCAAACAGGUGAAGCACUACGACACUAGUAUGGACGAACAGUAUGUCACACAUGUCGUUUAUCAAAUGUAUGUCGCUGUUAUCUCCACGCAGAAUGAACGCACGACACUCCGUUAAUGCUGUUCAAAACCGGAAGUACAAACAUACCGGUAGGUAUUUACACCGACACCGUAACACCCUUUAAAAAACGGGUAAAUGAUAACUUUAACUAAACUGCAAACUGCAAACUGGAGUCAAAUGUCAACAAUUUAACUUUAACUAAACUUAAAACUGGAGUCAAAUGACAAUAAUUUGUGUACACAGUGACAAUCAAAUACACUCCGCAGGCCCUAUAUGCCUACGUGCACAGUACCAUGUAUUUCGAUAAAUCAGCUGACGAUGUACGGUACGCUACGUCGUUUCAACAAGAAAACAUCACUGGUGGAGUGACUCGGCGGCAAAUCUUUUGAUGUCUCAGCGAGCCAAACGCAUUGACAGUUUGAUACGAGGAUUUUUCACAUGUAUUACGAAACGUGUUCUAGUACUCUAAUUAGCGCACCCCCUUUGUGUUUUGCAUCGCGCCCGGGCGCUACAAAUAGGAACAAUACCGUAUUCUGAAAAAUAAAAUAAGUUAUGCCAAGGCUGUGGCCAAUAAAUUACAUAAGCUUAAGAUGAAAGCUUUUCCCAUCCAGCUCGUACAUUAUUUCUCCUUCUUUUUUAAAGUUCUUUUGAACAAUUAGUUUUUUGAAUAUUAUAUAAAAAUAACCAUAUUAUGUUUUUGUAAUCAUUGGAAAGUAUAAGUCUAUAUUUUAAAAUAGAAUAGAAUUGCAAUUUGAAGUACUGUAAAGUUGGGUUAAAAUAAAAAUGAAAUUGUUUGCUUGAACCCAUGACUUGAUUUUCAGCUGUGAUUGUCUUUACAUUUUAAAUACAGUUAAAAAGAAUGAAAUCUUUACAAUAUUUACAGUACAUUGUUUUUAAAAUUGGCCUUUAAUGGAGUUAUUUUCUAAAAUGAAAUGAAACAUGAAAUGAUUUCAAUUUUGUUUUCCACAUUUGUAAAAAAUAUAUAAUAAUGGUGGCAAUGCUUUUUUCAUUACAUUGUAUCUGUACUUGCCAUUGUUUCUUGUUUGGUGCACAAGAUAUUUUUUUUCUGUCUAACUUGAAUGUUCUUUUAUUGUGAGUCUGUUGUGUUUACAUUUCCAUAUUCAUAUCAAAUUUGUACCACUUUUUUCUUUUCUGUUUUUUUUAAAAAAACAUUGUGACAUUUUGUACAUUGUGAAACUUUAUAUAUUGCAAGAAAAGAGAUUUAUGUUUCUCUUCUUAAAGUGUUCAGGUUUUUUUUAAACUUCAGGGCUGGCUCCUGAUUGGAUAAAUAUUGUUCAGAAUUACCAGAGUUUAUAAAACCGCUGAUCUCAUAAUUAUUUUAUUUGUUGAGGUAAACCUAAAAUCUACAAAUAUUAUGAGCCAACAUGCUGGAAUGUCAAGAUGGCAAUUAAUAUCUGUUAAAAAAAAUUUCCCAGUUUAAUGGACUGAAAAUUGGCACAAAUGGCUUUCAUGCUUAAUACUAUGUACUAGAAAAUAGAUUGAAAUCAGUUUAUAAUAAUAAGACGCAACAAAUAUUUGUUUUAAUUCAUCAUGAAUAUAUCAAUUAUUUUAUAUGAAAUUUUAUACAUUUUGUUUAAAUUGACAUUUGGUCUCUGUGGCAAUAAUAUAAAGUAUUAAAAAUCUUUCUCUAGGCCUAUAUAUAUAUCUAUAAAUAGAUACAUACAUGAUGGUAUUGUAUAUAGUGUAUAAAUCUUUAAAAUUGCAUCUUUUAGCUUCUAAAACUAAAACUAAAACAUUUCGUGUUCCAAAUUUCCAGUGUGUGUAGUUCAGUCCACAUAUGGAGUCAAGUAUUUCAUUGCCAAUUUGCUCUAUGUUUUGGUAAAUCACAGAUACAGAGGUUGGGUCAGUUUUAUGUACAUAGACAUGUAAUGACUUACAGGCUCGGUUUUCAUACAAGAUUUGACAGUGAAAUAUUCAGACUUUAGUAUAAAAAUAAUAUUGUUAACAGUGUUCUCCAAGGUUUUGAUACAUGUACCAGCAAAGCACAAUGUCCGAACAAAAGGAUAUAUAAAUGCAAAGUUUAAGCUGCUGUUCACCAAAUAGCCAAAUGAGAUUUAUAGUUAAAUUUACCAAUUCAACAAAAAGCUAAUUCGAAAAGCAAGUGUCGUUUCUAAGUUUAUAGCCGUUUUAAAAAAAUUAUUAUUUUUAGCUGAAUGUCACUUGAAUUUGGCUUCAGAGUUUGAUUAAUUAAACCAAAUUACUAUUAAUGUUUGGUGUCCAGCUUAAACCCUAAAAUGCCACUGAUGCAUAGGCACCUCAAUUUCCUGACAUCUGGGAAAGAAAUUAUGAGAUCAAAAUGUAUAACUCUGAAAAAACAAAUAUUAGAUUGCAUGCAUGGCAGACUACUGUAGCUUUUGAAAAUCAUGACGAUAGCUCUAAGUCACACCAGCUUGGACAACUCUGUCAAAUGUAACAGUCCAGUUGUUUGCAUUCAGUUGAGUGCUUUUAAUGCUCCAUAUAAAAUUCUUGGUACUAUAAAUAGUAGCGAAGUUGCGAAAUGAUCUGGCACAAUUUACUGUAUCAGUGUAGGUUAGUUUAUACAAGAAUAAUUGAUAGAUCGAGAAUUAUCCUUACGGACAGGGCUAACAACUUUCUGGUAGAAAACAUUGACCAGUGUUGUAUUAGGUGUUAAAAUUAAUCAUUUGAAGGCAAUUUUUUUGACACCAAUUUUGUGGCCUGGUGCAUGUUUUGCUAGUGAAUUUUUUUUUCAAAGUUAGUGAAAUAGUAUUUUAAAAAAUACCAAACUUAUUAUGAUAGGAUGUAUAUAUCACUGAAUUACUUGUAUCAGUAUAUAUUGUUAAAAAUCUCAUGGGAGUUUUCUGUAUACAUUUCUGUAAAUGUUGUGUAUAUUUGUGAACUGCUUAUGUGAAUUUUUUGUCUGAUCCACUUCUGUACACUGUGUAUCAUUUCGUCAUCCCAGCAAAUGCUGUUCUCUAGAAACCCCAAAGAAUAAACAUCUUUUCAUGCACAGGC